AUGCCAUAUCCAUUCAUUGUUUCCUUCAACCACCAUGCCCUUCCUUCCCUGUCUCCUCCUCUUCUUCUCGCUCUUCCUCAACAUUUCUCUCUCUCAAACACCUCCUAAAGGUUUUUUCCUUGAUUGUGGAGCAACCUCUAGUUCUACAAUUGAUGGUCUUUCAUGGAUUCCCGAUUCGGAGUUUAUUUCUACUGGUACAGCCAAGAAUUUGACCACCCCUGUUUUGGCUCAAACUCUGUCCACCGUUCGAUCCUUCCCGCUUCAAGACAAGAAGAACUGCUACAAUUUUUUGGUGUAUAGCGGGGCAAGGUACAUGGUGAGGACCACGUACUUCUACGGAGGAGUGAACGGACCCGAUCAUCCUUCCCCGCCGGUGUUUGAUCAGAUGGUGGAUGGGACUUUCUGGAGUGUGGUAAACACCACAGCGGAUUAUGCAAAUGGGAACUAUACCAACUACGAAGGGGUUUUCUUAGCUCAGGGAAAGACUAUGACUAUCUGUAUCGGGUCAAAUACUUACACGGAUUCCGACCCGUUUAUAUCGGCUCUGCAGCUGGUGAUCCUGGGUGGUUCCCUGUACAAUGCUACGGACUUUGACAAGUAUGGGCUCAGUUUGGUUGCGAGGCACAACUUUGGAUACUCUGGACCCCCCAUUCGGUAUCCUGAUGAUCAGUUUGACCGUUUCUGGGCACCUUUUACACCAAGUAAUUCCAGCCAUUCAGGCAGCAGCAAUGCUUCUGUUUCAGGAAUUUGGAAUCUUCCACCUUCAAAAAUAUUUGAUACGUGGCUGGGUUCUGAUCAGCUGGAAUCCUUGCACUUGGCAUGGCCUGAGGCAUUACUUCCAAACUCCAAUUACUCCAUUGCUCUAUACUUUGCAGAUUACAGUGGAUCAUCAUCAGGGAGACCAAGGAUUUUAAACAUUAGCGUGAACGGUAUAAGAUAUUACAACGGUUUGAAUGUGACUGAAGCUGGUGUUGUUGUCUUUGCCAACCUUUGGCCUCUUUCUGGUCCUACAACAAUCACUUUGGACCCUGCUUCCACUUCACCCUUGGGUCCCUUGAUUAGUGCCGGUGAAAUUUUUCAGAUGUUGCCACUUGGAGGAAGAACUUUAACGCGAGAUGUUAUUGCAUUGGAAAAGAUAAAAGAGAGCCUCCAAAAUCCUCCACGCGAUUGGAAUGGCGAUCCUUGUAUGCCUCGCCAGUACUCCUGGACUGGCGUCACGUGCUCGGAAGGAACAAAUAUUCGGAUAGUGAACUUAAACUUGACAAGUAUGAACCUUUCUGGAUCUUUAUCACCUUAUGUUGCCAAUCUGACAGCGUUGACAAACAUCUGGCUUGGUAAUAACAAUUUGUCUGGACAAAUUCCUGACCUCAGUUCACUAAGGAUGUUGGAAACACUGCACUUGGAAGACAAUCAAUUCACUGGAGAGAUUCCCUCAUCCCUGGGGAACAUCAGCAGAUUGAAUGAACUGUAAGUUCUGCUUUCUCAAGAU